GCGUCGCGGGCUCCUGCGCGCCGUCUCCCCGGCUCGGGAGCCCUAUGCCCGCCGCGCCACCAGCCGCCGCCUGUAGUCUCCAGCCCCGCGGCGCAUGCCGCAGUCGCCGGCAGCGGAUCACCCGCGAGCGCCCAGGUAGGGAGCGCGGGCGGGAGGCGGCCAGGCAAGCCGGCGCGGCCGGGAGGGCGGAGCGCCGCGCUGCGCUCCUUUGCCAGCCCUCUCUCCCCGGCCAGGUCUGGCCCGGCCCGGUCCGCGGCCUCCGGUACCCUGGAUCCCUCGGCGCCUCAGGGCGAAAGGAGACCUGCUUUCCGCCGCUGGGCUAGCUGCGCUCCUGCUCUUGGGCCACCCCAUUGCGACCCCCACGCGCGACAGCUCGUGAUCUAGCGUACUCACACGCCCACCAUCCUCAGAGAGACUGCCCCGGCCGGAAGGCAGGAGUUCGCCUCCUGCUCCCACCUCCCCAGCUGUGCCUCUGGCCAGGAGCCCCACCCCCAUCUUGUGGCAUCCCCGGUGGCUCUAUUCCAUCCCAGGGCUCUCAUCCAUCCCCAACCUAACUUUCGUUGACACAGCGCAUCGCUACCCCUCCCCAAACUUCUUACCCGAGUACUCCAGGUGGCCCCGCCAUAGGAGGCGCCCCCACAAUCCCUCCCCGACCUCUUGUUAUCGGGGACCUAAGAACCCCGUUUUGCCACCUACUCCACCGGGGUGCAGUUUUUACCCAGCUUCCUUUCUCUUUUUUUGGCUUCACCCUGUAUCCGCAUUCACCAUAUCCCGUCCUGGUCCUCAACCCCAGUCCCCAUGGUUCCAGAGCCCGGCCCUGUCAACAGUAGCACCCCAGCCUGGGGCCCCGGGCCACCGCCUGCCCCAGGAGGCAGCGGCUGGGUCGCCGCAGCGCUGUGCGUGGUCAUCGUGCUGACGGCAGCCGCCAAUUCGCUGCUGAUCGUGCUCAUCUGCACGCAGCCCGCGCUGCGCAACACGUCUAACUUCUUCCUGGUGUCGCUAUUCACGUCGGACCUGAUGGUAGGGUUGGUGGUGAUGCCCCCAGCCAUGCUGAACGCGCUGUAUGGGCGCUGGGUGCUAGCUCGAGGCCUCUGUCUGCUUUGGACCGCCUUCGACGUGAUGUGCUGCAGCGCCUCCAUUCUCAAUCUCUGCCUCAUCAGCCUGGACCGCUACCUGCUCAUCCUCUCGCCGCUGCGCUACAAGCUGCGCAUGACAGCCCCGCGUGCCCUGGCGCUCAUCCUGGGUGCCUGGAGCCUCGCGGCGCUGGCCUCCUUCCUGCCGCUCUUGCUGGGCUGGCACGAAUUGGGCAAAGCUCAAACCCCUGCCCCCGGCCAGUGCCGCCUGUUGGCCAGCCUGCCUUAUGUCCUCGUGGCGUCCGGUGUCACCUUUUUCCUGCCUUCGGGUGCCAUCUGCUUCACCUACUGCAGGAUCCUGCUGGCUGCCCGCAAGCAGGCGGUGCAAGUGGCCUCGCUCACCACGGGCACGGCUGGCCAGGCCUUGGAAACCUUGCAGGUGCCCAGGACACCACGCCCAGGGAUGGAGUCCGCUGACAGUAGGCGACUGGCCACCAAGCAUAGCAGGAAGGCUUUGAAGGCCAGCCUGACCCUGGGCGUCCUGCUGGGCAUGUUCUUUGUCACCUGGAUGCCCUUCUUUGUGGCCAACAUAGCUCAGGCUGUGUGCGACUGCAUCUCUCCCGGCCUCUUCGAUGUCCUCACGUGGCUGGGAUACUGUAAUAGCACCAUGAACCCUAUUAUCUAUCCGCUCUUCAUGCGAGACUUCAAGAGGGCCCUGGGCAGAUUCAUGCCAUGCAUCCACUGUCCCCCAGAGCACCGGGCCAGCCCUGCAUCUCCCUCCAUGUGGACCUCUCACAGCGGUGCCAGACCAGGCCUCAGCCUACAGCAAGUGCUGCCUCUGCCUCUGCCGCCAAAUUCAGAUUCAGACUCAGCUUCGGGGGGCACCUCGGGCCUGCAGCUCACAGCCCAGCUUCUGCUGCCUGGAGAGGCAACCCGAGACCCCCCGCCACCCAACAGGGCCACCACUGUGGUCAACUUCUUCGUCACAGACUCUGUGGAGCCUGAGAUACGGCAGCAUCCUCUCGGUUCCCCCAUGAACUGACCGGGUCAGAAGCUGGCCAGCGGAGGGCCACAUUCCCAGAGGUCUCAGCCCAUUCUCCCUAAGAGUGGGAGGUAGGAGGUCUCCCGAGAGCGUGCUGAGCAUCAUGAUUUAUCCUCAGCUAGCCCCCAUCUUCUGCUGCAGGCUCCUUGACAUGAGGGGUAAUCAGAAACACCAUUGUACGGUACUCCA